AUGGAAGCAUUUUUUCAGGCACAGGCCAAGUUUCAGGCCGCCCGCGGCCUCACCAAGGUCCGCGCCAAGCCCAACCAAAACUACAAGCGCCACGGCACCAAGUCGUACGUCUACCUGCUGAACCGCUUCGGCUUCGAGCCCACCAAGCCGGGUCCGUACCACCGCGUCAACACGCUGCAGCAGCGCGGCCUCGCGCAAUCCCACGUCGCUGUGGGCGGCCGCGCGCACAUCACCUCGCGCCUGGCCAAGAAGGUCGGUGACGAUGGCAAGCAGACGGGCGAGGUCACGGCCGAGGACCAGCAGAAUGACUCCGAGUACCUGUGCGAGGUGUCCAUCGGCACUCCCCCGCAAAAGGUGCUUCUCGACUUUGACACUGGUUCUUCCGAUCUCUGGAUCUUUUCCACCGAGCUGGACCAGGCUACCCAAAAGGGCCACACCGUCUUUGACCCGUCCAAGUCGUCCACCUUCAAGAAGCUGCCCGACCAGACAUGGCAGAUUUCCUACGGCGACGGCAGCUCCGCGUCGGGCGACUGCGGCAGCGACACCGUCGUUAUCGGCGGCCUGAGCAUCGAGAACCAGACCGUCGAGCUGGCGUCCAAGCUCGCCGACCAGUUCGCCCAGGGCACCGGCGAUGGUCUGCUGGGCCUGGCGUUCCCCGCCAUCAACACGGUCAAGAAGGGCGGCCAGUCGGCGCCCGCGCAGACGCCCGUCGCCAACAUGAUGACGCAGGGCGACAUCCCCAAGGAGUCGCAGCUUUUCACAUCUGCUUUCUACAGCGAGCGUGACUCAAACGGCCCCGAGUCAUUCUACACGUUCGGCUACGUUGACAAUGAUCUCGUCAAGGCGUCGGGCAAAGAUAUCGCCUGGACAAAAAUUGAUUCCUCCCAGGGCUUCUGGAUGUUUCCCUCGGCGAGCGCCUCCAUUGCCGGCAAGGCAAUGACGCUCAGCGGCAACAUGGCCAUUGCCGACACGGGCACCACGCUCGCGCUCGUGUCCGACGAGGUCUGCGACGCGCUGUACAAGGCCAUCCCCGGCGCCAAGUACGACUCGCAGCAGCAGGGCUACGUGUUCCCCCUGACUACCAAGCCCGAUGACCUGCCCGAGUUCAAGGUUGCGGUCGGCGACAACUUGUUUGUCAUCCAGCCCGAGGACCUGGCCUUUGCGCCGGCCGACGACAAGAACUGGUACGGCGGCGUGCAGUCGCGCGGCAAUAACCCAUUUGACAUUUUGGGUGAUGCGUUCCUCAAGUCUGUCUAUGCAAUCUGGGACCAGGGAAACCAGCGCUUCGGUGCCGUCCCCAAGAUUGAAAAGACGCAGAACUUGACUCCUCCCAAGGCCACCCAGUAG